UGACGAAAACUCGGUUCAGAAAUAAGCUUGUUUUUCAAACUCAGACCAAAGCCAAUGUUUAGACUUUUCUUCCUAUGUUUUAUUUAUGACUUCUGUCUCAUCAUCAUGAAAAUUCUUUAGAACUUCAUUCUUUCUGUUCCCAAUUUUCAUCAAUAUCAGGAUGAGAACUGUUUCUCACAAGGUUUUAGAUUAUAGGCUACUUGGCCAUGCCAAAAUUAUUACCCUUUCUGUUAUUUCAAUUGCUGCUGUAUUCUUUAUUUUCUCUGCAGAUUCUUUCGCCUCUAAGGUUUAUCUGCAAUCUUCUGCCAUUGAAAUUGAUCAAGUUUCAGAGAUUCUUCAGACACAUACAACUGAAAGAAGAAUAAAGUCAACUAUCGUAAGCAUACCAUUGUCUUCUAAGCAUGAAGAGAUUAAAGAAGUUCGAAGUGCAAAUCAGAAUUCUCUAAUUCCUCCCUUCAAUAUAUCAGAAGCAGAAAGAAUUGAGUGGUUCCGGAAAAAGCUUCCAGAAUUUGAGGUUUUCAAGUCCAACAACGUUUCUCAGAAAUUUCACAGUCGAAUUCAGGAAUUCUUCGAGAAUAAAUGUGAGCUUCAGUUUUUCAUGACAUGGAUAUCACCGGCAGAAUCCUUUGGAAGAAGAGAUUUCUUGGCCAUGGAGAGCUUAUUCAAAGUCCACCCUCAUGGAUGCUUACUGAUUCUAUCAGGAGCUUUGGAUUCCAGGCAAGGUUCCAGGAUCUUGAAGCCACUCCUCGAUUGCGGGUUCAAAGUCACUGCAGUUGCACCUGACUUGGCCUCUCUGGUCAAGGACACCCCAGCUGAAUCUUGGUUUCAGGAGAUGAAGAGUGGGAACAAGGAUCCUGGUGAAAUUCCUUUAGCUCAGAAUCUUUCUAAUCUCAUUAGGCUCGCAGCUUUAUACAAGUACGGAGGAAUCUACCUGGACACAGAUUUCAUUGUCCUAAAAAGUUUCAUAGGAUUGAGAAACUCAAUUGGAGCACAAAGUAUUGACAUGGUGUCCAGAAACUGGACCAGACUGAACAAUGCAGUCCUGGUCUUCGACAGAAAUCAUCCACUUCUGUUCAAGUUCAUACAAGAAUUUGCUGCCACUUUUGAUGGAAACAAAUGGGGUCACAAUGGACCCUAUCUGGUCUCCAGGGUGGUUGAGAGAGUGGCUAGAAGACCUGGAUAUAACUUUACAGUGUUGCCUCCCAUGGCCUUCUACCCAGUUGAUUGGAAUAGGAUCGUCGGAUUUUUCAAAAAACCAGUGAACGAGGCAGAUUCCAGAUGGGUAAAAGCCAAGCUGCUUCAGCUUAGUGGUGAGACUUACGGUGUACAUUUAUGGAAUAAGCAAAGCAGUAGAAUCAGAAUCGAAGAAGGAAGUAUCAUGGCACGAUUAAUCUCCGAUCACUGUGUCAUUUGUACAAACAUUUACAGCUCUUGAAGAAAAUUCAAGCAGAUGAUAAUUGAUAUUCCAGUGAAACUCAGAGCAAGAGUUGGCAGAAGUUGAUAACUACUUAAAGAUGGGCAUGCUCUGUUCUGUUGCUUGCUUGAAAAUCACUCUUUUUUUUAUUUCUGAUAAAAUUUUGUCUUGUAUUUAUUGAUUAAUUCCAUUUUUCUUCCCCUUUUCAA